GGAAAAAAAAAAUAAACGUUUCCGGAAAUUUCGCUCCUCAUAACGAAACGAAAAAAUGAGAGGAAUUGGUGGGCCCCUCCUAUGCAUCGGAGAUCUCCUCAGCGACGUCGGAGAAGAAGGAGACGCCGCCGUGGUGGUGUCACCGGUGGCGGAAUAUCGGCGCCACGAAAAGCCUCCCGCUUCCACUUGCCUUUUAGAUCUAGAAGGCGAUUCUCAUGUCCCUGACCUUACCAAACUCUUCCAGGAAAACUAUGAUCACUUGGUUUCGGCACUUGCUGGCACCGAUCAUUCUUGGACUUCUCUAACCUUAAAGCUGUGCACUGCUCUAGAGACUGCGAAUCAGUUGGUUCAAUCAACCAGCACAAAUGUUACAUCGUUAUCUGAGAAAAUUGGGGAGCUUCAGAAAAUUGUUAAGAGGGCGGAUUCUGCCAUAGCUGCAGCAAGGGAAGUUCAUGCUGUCAUGGAUAAUAACAAUGGUAUUAUGGGAGGUUCAAGUAGUAUAACUUCCAGGGCUUGAAUUAAGACAAGCUGGUCUCAAAGAUACAAUGGAGCAUGUGUUCGAAGACUUACUAAUCUUUGAACGGCUUUGAUACCUUGUUCCAAAUUUCCAAUUAGGCAGCUGUUUUGGUUAUGGCAUUUUUCACAUGUUUCCAUUUACCAUGUUUUAUAUGUUAGAUUUCUGUUAAGGAUGAUUUUAAAUGGUGAAAAGUUCGUUAAGAGAAGUGAUAAUUGUCAACUAAAACCUAGAUGUAAGUAUAAUAUUGAUAAACUACAAGGGAUGUGAGUAUAUUUCAUACAUAUAUUGUUAGUAAACCAUUUAAGAGUA